UGAAAAAUUUUAUACGCUUUAAGGAAAAAAGAAAUAAUGUUCUUUUAUUUUUAAAUUUUUUGUUGUUGGUGAAACAAUGACAACCCAUUACCAAUUUCACAUACACAGGUAGAAAAGCAUAACUUAUAGCUAUUGUACCGAUGAAUUAGUUUCUGUAAAGUGGCGCUGUUGUCAACGUCGGCGCGAUAGCUCUGAGGCUAUCUUACCGAUAGUCGGUGUAAUAGACACUGCCUUAUUUAUAUUAUUUGUUUUCCUCAGCGCUGAGUUUUGUUCUCGGUUUAGACGGUGAAGUGAACAAGCCGUAUACAAUAAUAUAUAGUAUAAAACUAUAAAUUGCACGAAACAAUUUUAAUUUUGUAUAUUUGUUUUAUCAUUGCUUUUUUUAACAUGAUAACAAUUGUUACUCUGGGGUAGUUGUCAUCAACCUUUGCAAUGUUUAGUAUAUGAUGCUUCCUUGAGCUACAGUAUUUGACUCCUUCUCUUCAAAUAAAAAUGGCUUCUGAGGAUGACGCUUCACAAAUCUCGGAAGUAAAUUCUGUUUCCGAGUCAAAUGAGAAUCAGAAAGAUUAUGAUUCAGAUUCAUCUAAUAAAGAAGAAAAAGAAUCCAAAACAAGCAAUGUAAUUGACAAAUCUGAGCCUCCUCAAAAACCACCAGAAACUAUUCCUGUGAGGAGACCUGGUCGGAAACGUCGUGGUCAGAUCUACGAUAAAAAUGAUGAUCCAGAGACAAUAAAAGAAAAACGGAAAAAACGGGCUGUGGAACUGAAAUUAAAAAAUUUGAAAUGGACUCUAAAUCAACCAGCAGAUGUUAGUGGGAAACGGCAGAAAAAAGCCCCUCAAAGAUUUGAGUUGGUUCCUGUUGAUAAAAGAAAAUCAUGUAUGGAUGAUUGUGAAGGAUUUGGAGAACCUUUAGGCUGCAUAAAUUGGAUUCAUACAAAAUUACAAGUUGCUUCUAUUUAUACACUACGUUUACUUCAUAGGACUAUUUAUCGCAAACAAGGAAUGUUUUCAGAGAAACUUAUAAGAAAAACUGUUGGAAAAUUCAGUGGUUUCCCUUUUGAUGGAACUCAUCCAGAAAUGAUGAAGAGAAGAGAACAGCUAGAAAAAGCUAAUGCUAGUUCACUUGGGCAUCUGUGUGACUUGUUAGCUCUUCAUCGAGCCAGUAAAGAAGUAAUGAUAGAUCGGAUCAUUGGAUUUUUAUUGAAACCAAAUCGAGAAAGUGUAGAGGAAUAUAUGAAAGUUGCCAUGGCUGGGAAAAUGCAACAGUCAAGUCUGAAUAUAGGAAAAGCAAUGUGCCAAUCCUUGAGAGUUAUUCAGGAUCCUUUUCAGCCAAUGCUGUUGUGUCCAACAGAUCAGGACGGUAUGAGAGAUCUUUCUCUUGGAGAGGAAAAUUCAGAGCUAAAUGAUAUUGCCUGGGUAAAACCUGAUUACUUUGUUGAAGGAAAUGGAGUUAAAUUGAAGUUCAUUCGUGCAAUUGUUCAUAGUAUUCAAGCUGCUUCAGAUCCAUUCAUCGAAUUAUUACAUCGUCUGCUGUUUUUAAAUGUUGAUGAGAAAGUCAACAUGCGAAAAAGUAUUCUUGAAUUCAGUGGAUACAAAUGUGAAGUUGGUUCUAAUGAAUAUAUGUACAGAGUAAGAAUUCUUGCAGCUUUACCUGCAGAGCAACUGAAACUUAUUUGUAAAGUUCUUUGUCUUCCAACGUGGCAUAAAUCAAGACAGCUCUUGACUGAAGCAAUUAUGGACUUCCUUGCAGCACCUCGAAUUUCUGUUAUGAAGAAGAGAGUUCCUCCUCAUUUUACUGAUGAAAUUACAUUUUCAUUCGAUGGAAUUAAAGCUAUCAAAUCUCCAUUGCCUGAGCUGAAGUCAGCAGAAUCUGAGGAAAUAGAAAUAGUUCCUGACAUACAUAUAUCCGAUGAAUCACCUUCCAAUCUUGAGUGUAGCAUGACAAAUGAUAAUGAAUAUUUAGGAGUUAAACUGAAACAUUUCUCAAAUAUACACUACCAAGUUAUUAGUACUCCAGCUGCCAAAUUAAGCGAUGUUCACAUGAUUUUAUACCUAACCACUAGUGCUCAAAAUAACAUUCGUCGUAAUGUGCUUGAAUUUUCUGGCUAUCAUUUUGAUGAAAAUUCUACAGAGUAUCAGUGUCGUAGGAACUUAAUGGAACAGAUGAGUUUGGAAGAUCUUAAAGUAGUGGCUACUGUCCUUUGUGUUUCACAGUAUAUUGUUGAUGAGUCAAAAGAGAGUCUUAUAGAAGCAAUUCUGAAGUUUUUAUUAAAGCCAUCAGCAUUAUUAAAUAGUAGCACUAUUAUGCCAACAAUAUCACCUGCACCUUCAGCAAGAAAGAUACCAGUUGUUAAGAAGAAGGCAACCAGCACUUGUUUUCCAUUUCAGUCACUUGAUGGAAUGCCAGAGAUAAUGAUAUCUAAAGUGGAAACUUUAUCAAAUUCCAAAGAAACAAACCAGUCAUUUAAUAAUGUAAAUAAUGUUAUAAGCUGUACCAGUACAACUGUGCACGAAGAUAUCAAGCCUGAUAUAGAAAAAGUUAAAGCUUCUCUUUCUAGUAGUAUUCAAAUAGUGCCAUUACCUUCCCCUGAUGUAAAAAGUGUAACAAUUACCCCUACAAGCAAUAGGUAUGUGCCAAUAUUACCUACUCCAGUCAAAACUCAAGAAUCCACUAAGAAGGAAGAUACUGAUGAGCCUUUAUCAAAAGUCAAAACUUCAGGUAUUAUUCCAGCACCCAUAGCUUAUUUUGAAAGUGAUGAUGAAGAUGAUAAGCCAUUAUCUAAAAUGAUUGGACAUCCUAAUGAUGAUCAAUUACGUGCUUUAGUAGCUAAAAUCAUCAAAGAUUCCAGACUUGAUGAAAUAACCAUGAAGACAGUAAUAAGAAAAGUAUUUGAUACUUACCCGAAUUAUGAUCUAAGUUAUCGAAAAGAAUUUAUAAAAUCAAAUGUGAGACUGCUACUGUCACAGAUGGAUGAUCAAAACUGUUCUGUUACAACAACAGUGAUUACAAUUUAAACGCAUUCUUUCACGACUCAUUUGUAUCUUUGUCUAAGGUGCUGCAUGUAACAUUUUAAUGCAUUUAGUCAUAGCUAUUGUUUUUCCUGUGCAGCUUUCUUUUUUCCAUCUUUCUCAAUGCUGUUGUGAUUGUAUAUAUUAAUUAGCUAAAUGUUUUGUCAAAUAACUGCAAGCUGUCAUUUUAUAUAUAAAAAUAACAUAUUGUUUUCAAAUAUGACAUAUAAUGCAAUAUUAUCAGCUUUUGUUCCAUUUAGGAAUCUCAUUCCAUUUAUGUAAAUAUAUUUUUUAAUGCAUUGAAUUGUUUCAAAAUUUGCAAAUGUCCUUAAAAAAUAAAAAGUGAUAGUAAAAUUGUUCCAUGAUCAAUUGGAGUAACUUUUUUUUUAAUCAUAAAUCUUUAUGAUAAAUGGCUUGUUUUAUUUUACAUUUUAAGGACAGUUGCAAAGUUUGAUUGGGUGAGAAAAAUAUCAGUGAUCUAUGUUUCAUGUCUCUUUCAAAUUAAUCUGAACUAAAAGUUUUAGAGAAAGAAAAAAAAAACAUUGCACAAAUCAUUACACUUAAAUGUUUAACGAAUUGCAUCUGACAUUGAUGAAGUUUUAGCUAGUAAUCUUUAUAAUUAUCUAUUUUAAAAAGAUUUUUAAUAAAAUUAUUUUGAAUAAUUUUUUUUCUUCCCAUUUUGAAUUAUUUCUUAAUCAUUAAAUGCUCAAUUGACAGUUAAAAUAAUCUGAAUUCCUGAAUUGUCAAGCUACUUAGCUGACUUUUUUUUAUAAAUAAUAACUUUCCUUCCUACCACUAUUUCUCUAUCAUUAAAUAACGAGAGCAUUUUUUAAUGAAAAAAGUAACCUGAUUCUAACCUUAGCAGAUUUUGAAGUUUGGGGAUGAAGAAUUUUUUAUUUUGUAACUUGAAACCAUUUUCUUUUUCAAAUGUAAUUAUAUUUGUCUAUUUUUCUGCCUAUUUUUCUUAUGAAAAUACUCACUGAAUGUUUAAUUUGAAAUGAAUUGUAUUCCCCUCACAAAAAUUGUUUAUUCUUUUGUUAAUAUGAAUUUUUUUGAAAUUUUUUAUAAUGCACAAAUUUGUAUGUUAUGUGGAUAUUUAAAUGUUAUUAGAACUUAAUAGCUUUAACCACUCUUUGUUCUCUCAUAGUGGAUUUUAAUUAAUUUAAACCAACUCUUCCUCCUGCUAGAGUAGUUUUAUUGCGCAACUGAGAGUCUUGUACUCUAAGUGAAUUAUGACUCUGCCAUAGCUGCCAACUUUUACAAUAUUCAUAAAUAUUUUGUAUUUAAAGCAGUUGUGAAAUUUAUGCUUUUUCUAUUUAAUUAUAAAUUUCUAAUUUUAAAUGGUUCUGACCACCACUACAUAUAUAUAAGAAAUAAAUUCUUCCAUACCAAGAGGCAAACUCAAUUAAACAUAUAAAGAUGAUCAUUAUGAUAAAAUUAGGCUCAGGAGCACAAUUCAGGAGCUUGCUUGCUCAACAGGCAACCAGCCACAAAAUGACAGAAAUGCCACAGAACAUGUGAGCCUGAUAAUGAGCCAUCAAUACAAUCGAUGAACUAGUCAACACUGUGGAUCCAUUGAAUCGUGAUCCAGACUGGAAAACUGCAACCACCUUGCACUUUACUUUGAAAACUAUAUAUAAAUAAAUGCAUAUAGUAGUGUGUUUCAACUCGGACAAAAUAAAAAAACAUUUAUACCUGUAAUUUUACUACCAUUAGGGAAAAUCACCCUUAAAAAAAUUUAUAAUUUAAAAGUAUUUAAUAUUAAUAUAUUUUUUUUUUUCAUUUUAUUGGCUUCUCAUUGUUUGCAUUUGAUAUGUAUUUACCGAGUAACUAAUGAAUUUUCCGUAAAAAAAAUUUUCUUCACAAAAUACACAAAUGCUUCUAAUUUCUCACAGACCGUACAGUUGUUUGAUGUGAGUCUGACAUUUGUUCAAUAAUGAAAUUCUUAACUGGGUGAUUUGCUUGUGUAGAUUUGAUAAAUUGUGCAGUGAUUUAACACACAUUUUUAAUCUGAAUCUUUAAUAACAUUUUUCUAUUGAUGGCAUACAGUAAUUUGCAACUUGCAUUUAAUAAAUAACUUUAUUUCUGUAUUGAGUAUAAAGUUAUUUUUUGAUGUAUUAAUAAUUAUUUAUGGCUAUAUCCUUCUGCAAUCGUGGGGUGUGUGUGGAUGUGAAUGAACCAGUUACAUAUACGUUACUCUGCUCUUGAACGGUUAAAACUUUUGACGAUGAAAAAAGUUGCAAUUUCGUCAUCCAAAAUCAAGCAUUUUAGGUGAAGAUGUUCUUUGUCAUGUCAUUGAUUUCUUAAUCGUAAUGUUCAUCACGAAAUGAAAGGGAAAAAUUUUAUUAAUGUAAAAAAUUAAGAACUUUUAAUGUUGAAUGCAAUAUUUUAGUAUGUUUUUAUUAUUUAUUACUAACAUUUUACUACUGAAUUAAUUACUGAAAUAUUUCGUGUAAAAUUGAAUUUUAUUGAAAAGGCUUAAUCAAAAAAAAAAAAAUCAAAUUACAAUUGCAACACAAAUCAAGUGAUUUUCAAAAUUUAACUUGAAAAACGUUUUUAAUGCUACUGAUCUAAAUUCUAUUGAGUUGUUAAAAGUUUAAAAGAAAAUUACUGAACAAGUUGCAAAUUCUUACUAAAAAUGAAUAUUAUUCUGAUAUAUAAUAGAGAUAUAAUUUUAUUUUGGAAAUACAGAGUGAUUAUAAAUUAAAGUAGAGGUGUCUCAGAUUUUUUAUUUCAUAAGUGAAAUUGUAAAAAUACUAUACUAUUAAACUUAUAUGUUUAAAACUAAUUAAAUUUAAUUAUAAUUGAAGAAAUUUGUUUUCUUUGUGCGCCAAAUUUCAAUAUUCUCAUAUUUUCCUUGUUUAUUGAUUUAUUGCAUUGAAUACACUUCUUUUAUAACUAGUAAAAUUAUUUCGUUUUUUUUUCACAAUAUUUUUUAAUGUGAUUUCUAUUUAUAGACUAAGCAAUUAAUAAUCAUGAUAAUCUUCAUACACAGUGCCAUAUUGUGAAAAUAUAUUGUGCCAAUGAUUCAUAAAAAUUAACUGAUUUUAAUAGUAAUUUAAUUUUCAGUAAACGAAACUUGUGAUCAUAUAAAAGUUUGAGUGUAUUAGAAAUCCAAUUAUCACACAUACCAAGAAUCUAAAAAUUUCUGGUAUAUAUCAUUAAGCUGACUCAAAGUUUUGUGACAGCUUUUUGUUAUUUUUUCACAUGAAAUUUUUAGUUUUAAUCUUAUAUUAUUUUAGUCUUGUUCUUUCAAAAGAAAAAAAACAUAAACAUUGACAGCAACCUCUUAUCAACUUAAUUAACAACCUAAUUGUCUGAAUCAAAUGUGAUAUAGGUUUAUUUUUAGAGUAACAAAGUCUUUUAGGACACUUUGCUCUACACCACUACUUUGAUUAUAAUCACCUUAGUAUCAAAAACGCAUUUAAUUUUUUUUACUUUUUGUAUAUAAUUAUGAAAACCUUGUAUAUUUUGAUCUAAAGCAUAAAAUGCAACUAAAAUAGUAAGGAUUUUAAAUGUACUUUUUAGUUUUCCUACUAUGUUUUAUCUUGUCAAAAAUAAAAAUAUAUUUUAUAUCAUA